AUGACAGCGGAAAGUGACCGGCAGCGGUUUUCAAGGUACGUUUUAGAAAUAUCGCAGGUACAGCGAAAUCAUGUGGCAGAUAGAAUAGAACAGCUCGCUCAUCACGAGAGGCUCUCGUGGCAGUACUUCUUCGGCUGCAUCGCUUUUUCCACCGGAGGUGUUCUGGCCGCAUUCAAAGCGUGGGGACCACGGCACAUUUUCAAAAAUAGCAUGUAUUACGCCCGGCCCUUGCCUCCUGCCAUCAGCAUGGGAGUAGUGCUGUACGGAAUCACGUUCACGUGUCGCGGAAUGUUGAUGCGAAAUCGUAUUUGCAUCAUGAUAGAGGACUACGAGUACGAGUUGAAGCGAGUGAAAGCGCAUCACUGCGAAGAAGGGGUGACGCAGCUGGCAUGGCUUGAAUUUGUUUUGGAUCAACUGAAGCAAGGGUCAGAGCAACGCUUCGAUUUUCAAAAGCUGCGAGAGACCCCCGCGAUUCGGUGA